AAAAAUCACUUGCAUUAUUAGAAAAAUCUUCUGCUCAAACAUCGGACACUCUUCCUGCUUUACUCUGUGUUGUUAGCUCAUCGAUGACGGUCGUGUUCGAUGAACGUAUAAAAUUCGAAAAUCCAAUUUCCAAUAUCGUCAAUCGUUCACUGAAGGGAAUUGUUAGGAUUAAGGUGAUUGGUUUUCAUCACUUGGUUUCAGCUUUAUAUCAGUGAAUUCCGAUCCACGUGAGCAUUCACGUAGUGCAAUCAAGUCUAGUCUAGUGUUUGCAAAAUAUUAUGUCAAGUGUCACUCAUUCGACGUAUGCACGGUCUCGAAUAUCAAAUAUUUCUUCGAAGUGAAAACUAAAGUUAUGAUAGCUUACUGAAACGAUUGGUACAAGUAGGCUUUGUGAUGGAACGAGUUUUGUUUAUUGUAGAUGGCAUAUGCAUCGGAGAUCUCUAGUAGCAUUGUCCUGUAAGGAGAGUAACAUAGACAGUUGUCAAUACAGCCAAUAUUUAUUGACAGACUAGUGCAAACAAAGUGUGUAUUGUGCAUGUGAAUAAAUUCGCUGUGAAUGGAAUACGAAAAUAGGAGCUACUUGUAGCAUUAGGGUUCAAGGUUUAUCGAGCUAUUUCGAUGGAGAUGUCAUUGGUUUGUGAAUUGACCGUGUUCCGCCUGAUGAUGGAUUAGUGUUUACUAUAUUAGUAAAACAGUGUACAAGCAGUCCUCAUAUAAAAGUAUUAUCACAUUGAUUAAACUGAAGCAACUUGUAGAAUAACUUAUAAGAUCUAGUCCAUAAUACGAGUAACCAUGGGUAAUAUAUCGUCCUCAAGUUCAAAGUUAGCUGAAAAAUGUCCAAUGCUUGAGAAAAGUGAGCUUCCACUGAUAGCCAGCUCAUUCAGAAUAGCAAGUAAAAAUUCCGACAAAUGCAAGGAAGAGGAACUCAUGAAAUUCUGGGGAUCGCAAAUGGAUCCACGGUUGGCACAGUACAUCACCAACUUUCUGUUUGGUCCGCUCGGUCAACGAGCAGCAUUUGUGGAUCUUCCGAGGUUUGCCGAGCUGUAUGUCUACACUGUUCGCGGUACUUUGGAGGAGCGAAUCAAUGUAUUGCUUUGUAGUUUGGGCCAAUCGCCCGAUUCGGAAUCCACCGAAAUAGCGUAUCCGUUGAUUAAAGAGUACGUUGAAGCCGUGGUGAGCAGUUACAUGCGAGCGAUAAGACUUGAAGGUGGACCGGAAUUUAAAUCGUGGGAGUCACGAGGAUUUCGAAUCGUAAAAGAGUGCAUCCAGAAGCUUGCUGAGAGCUUAGUGUACGAUGUAGUUCAACAAGGUACACAGAAAGUUACUCGGGCGGAUGCUGAACGCUGGCUCAACAAAAAUCCCAUUUUCCUCAAAAUGCUGGAGCAUGUGUUUUCCCAUUUGUACAACUAUCGUAGCGUGAAAAACAGUUCCGAGGAAAGAAAGAAGGACGACACCGAUGAUAGCAGAGCCAAGCGGAAAGAGAACUUUCCGCAACAAGAGGUCGUGUUGCACGCCAUGCUCCCGCUCUGCGAGGGUUUGCAAUACAUGCCCGACUACCCGGCGUUCACCGAUCUCUCGCAGAUGUUGUUUAUCAAUGCGAAUCUCCCAAAUGCACAGCAGCACAAGUGGCGCUUUUUGUUCUCCUCGCAAAUUCACGGAGAAAGUUUUUCUACAUUGUUAGGUCGCAUCAUGGAUCAAGGUUCUACAGUAGUGAUAGUUGAAGACUCAAACGGGUAUAUUUUUGGAGGCUAUGCAACCGAAUCGUGGGCACUAGGCCCUAACUAUUUGGGCAACGAAAAUUCUUUCCUCUUCACGUUGCGCCCAAAAAUGCGAUGUUUUCCAUCUACGGGAUACAAUCCUCAUUAUCAAUAUUUGAAUCUACAUCAGCAAACUAUGCCCAACGGAAUGGGCAUGGGUGGUCAACACAACUAUUGGGGCUUAUGGUUGGACAGCGAGUACGGCGUUGGAGAAUGUUCAGAGACGUGCACCACCUACAAGGGAUACUUCCAAAUGAGUGCCACCAAAAAGUUCACGGUUCGAAAUGUAGAAGUAUGGGGUGUUGGUGAAAAACCAAUCAAGGAAGACGAAUCGGAAGAGAAUACCGGCCGCUCAAUUCUGGAUGGAAAUGCAGACAGCAAAGCGAUGCUCAAGCUGAGUGGUCGGGAGCAGUAUUCCGAUGGGUAUCGAGAGGAACCAAGAGAUUAAAAAUGGAGAUCAAACGCCAGAAAAAAGUUGGGAAGAAAUUUGUGUUCACCGGAGAUCAAUCUGGUUGAUGUGUUGGAUACGUUCAAUUUUAAUUUUCUCUGAUAAUGAACAAACUAGAGUGUUAAUUGUCUGCAAUUUAAAAAUGUUAUUCAAAUCGAUAAAAGGUUGAGACAUAGUAGAUUAUGGAAGUAAGCGUUAUUUUUAUUUAUUUAUUAAAGGCUUUAUUUUGAUUCUGGCGUUUGCAGUAUGCACAAGUAGAAAACCGCGCUUAUUAGUCGUAAGACGGAGGUUCUUCAUCUUGCCAAUACAAUAAUUCUGGAAUGAUAAAUUUCGUAAUUUAUAAGCAAAAAUGAAGCAUUCUGAAUAAAACUACGGAAUUCAAUUUUGAUUGUGGAAUUGUUGUACUUUCAAGAUAUAUUUUUCCAACUCUUUCUUUCUUACGAGUUCGGUAGACUUUUUCCACACAGCAAGUGUUUUUUUGAGUUACUAAAACAAACAUAGGAGUUGUGAAAGAUCAUUUUUUAAGCAUCCUAAAAUAUUACAAACUUGUAUUUUGAUUGUUUAUUGAAAGUUAUAUCUUUGAAACAAAUAGUUAAGUUUUCUGGUAAACAAAAUUUCGUGAAACUAACAUUUAAUAUUGGUUUACAAAUUUAAUCUGAUUCAGUUUGUUUGAAAUUCGUGAAAGCUACAAUGGAAAAGAAAGGGUUAAGCCAUUUUACGACGAAUUUGCGCGGAAGCCUAUAUUUUUAAUUUACAUCUCACUGUAUUGCGCACAUUGCGCAAGACUUGAAUGCAGCCGCAGAAAUCGAAUUGUUUUAUUUUAAUACCGAGUUUAGCUUUCUUUCUGGGCAAGCCAAAUUUUAGUUAAAAAAUGUCAUUUGGAUUCCUGUUAUUUAUAAAAUAAAUAUUUAGAAAAAAAACUUUUUCCACAACUAUGAGCUGAAAGCUUUCUUUGCCAGUCGAACAUUUAUGAUUUUUUAUCGUGUGACAAGAACGAAGGUACUCCAUCCUGAGAGGUCAAGAAAACUUCAUAUGCACAGAGAGUUUUGACUGGACUGGGACUAGAACAUGCUACCUUUAGCAUGAUUUAUCAAAAUGCGAAAAAAUGGAGAAAAAAUCACAAUGAUACUUCUGUCUGGUUUAGCAAAAAGCAUAACGGCUUGUUCAGAAAAAGUUUUAUUUCGGUAUCAAAAAAAAAGUCACAGAUAAGCAGAUUUAACGUUUUAAAAUAAUUUAUGAAUAGUUCUAAAAUCAACCGGGUAAUAAUUAUUGACGACAGAAUUCUGGCAAUGAAAGAUGGUCAGAGUGUUAUGUUUGCUUGUCUGUGAUCAUACCUGAAUAUUAGCAUGAGCAAUUUAAAGCAUGUACGAGCUUGAGCCGGUCGAGCAGUGCAUCAGAGAAAAACGCUUCAAUGGAACUUAUUGUAGAUGUGCGUUAAUGUGAUUAUAAUUGUACCGCAAAUGGUAGAAAGAAGCAACACAACAAGUAGCUUGAGCAAUUCAACUAUUAAAAAGUGAUAAUUUAUUCAAGAACUGUUAUGCCCAACAGCAUGAGAAGUGUAAAUAUAGAGAUUUUCGUUCAGUCCUAACUCAUCUUGCGUUUAAUUAAUUUAUUGCGUGUAUAGUAAUUUUUUAUUCCUUUUGGAUUUAUGAACGCACAGGUUUGAUAGCAGGUGCCAUAUAAACUAAACCUAUGUGUACAUUGAUAAUGCAAAGUAGAAAGUACAGAAUCCAUUAGUAUUAUUUUUGUUGUUGCCUUUUGCGUUGACUGUUAUGAAAUCAUAAAAUGAGAUCACCGAUCUAUGUCAAUCAUUAUAUAUGUGCUACGGAACGUUGCCCAAGAUCCGAAAUGAAGACAAAUAUACAAAGCUGAAUAAAUCGUA